GAAAUACACAAAAAGCAUUUGAGCAGUUUCAAAUACUAAGUUUAGAUUGAAAUAAUAUAGAAAAUACCAUAGAAAAGAAGUAUAUUUAAAAUAUGUCACCCUCAAAAGAAACGCAAGCAGCUCUGGAUUUACAAUUACCCACCGGCAGAAAAAUGCCUAUUUUGGGUUAUGGAACAUUUCUGGCAAACGAUGAAGAAGAAUUAAAAGUUGCUCUAAGAUCGGCCCUUGAUGCGGGUUAUAGGAAAAUUGAUACAGCGCUCAUUUAUAACAAUGAACACGUUAUUGGGGAAAUUCUUCAAGAGUACUUUCAAAAUGGAAAAUUGAAGAGAGACGAUAUAUUUGUCACAACAAAACUUUGGCAUAAUUAUAUGGAAAGUAAAGAGAGAAUUAAGCAAGGAAUACAACGUAGUCUAAAGAAUUUAAAAUUAGAUUAUGUUGAUCUUUAUCUUGUUCAUCUUCCGAUAGGAAGACAAUUUACAACUGAGGACGAGUUAAAUCCUAUUGAUGAGAAUGGCAAUGGAAAAUUCUCCAAUGCUGAUCUUUGCGAAGUUGUAUGGCGUGGUAUGGAGAAUUUAGUUGAUGCUGGCUUAACGAAAUCGAUUGGAGUAUCGAAUUUCAAUAGUAAACAAAUAGAAAGAAUUAAUAAAGUUGCUAGAAUUCCUAUAGCCAAUAAUCAAAUAGAAAUCCAUUCCUUUUUUCAACAAUGGGAUCUUGUCAAGUUUUGCCAGGAUAACGGUAUAACCGUAACCGCUUACUCUCCUCUAGCAGCUCCAGGAGCCUCUUUUAGGCCACAAGACGCCGAUACAAAUCCAUUAAUUUGUCCUAUUGUUAAAGAAAUUGCCGAGAAAUACAAAAAGACUCCAGCGCAAAUUCUCUUACGUUCACUACUCGAAAGAAAUAUUGCUAUAAUUCCGAAAUCAGUUACUCUAAAACGCAUCUCUGAAAAUCUUGACAUUUUUGAUUUUAAACUCGAUGAGGAUAGUCGUAAAAAGUUGAAAAGUUUGGAUAAAGGAUUGCGAAUCUUUAAGCAGGAUUGGCAGAAAGGAAUGGUCGAACAUCCUGAAUAUCCUUUUAAUAUCCCGUUUUAG